GGAGGGAGGGAGGGGCCCAAGGGCCAGGCCCUUCCUCUGCCCUUCCUGCCAAGGCUGCCUUUCAGCAGGAGGAGCCCCGAAGGCCAGGGAUACGGGGGACAGCCCCGGGAAGGUUUUCUUGGGGCUCUAAGGAAGCAGGACCACUUCUGGAUCCUUUCAGUGUCGGCCAGAUGGCAGUGCCAGCAGCCUGUCAAGUGCCAGCAGGACUUCCCUUCAUAAGCACCUGUCUGGGGCCGGGGGAGGCAUUCACUGGAGGGUCAGAAGAAGAGCCGAAGAGAUGGCCACACUGAACGGGGCCUGGGCCUUGACCUGGAGCUGCCUGUUUCUCUAUUUCCUGGCCCAGAUGCCCCCAGAGACCCAGGGCAUCUGCUACUUCCAUGCGCAAGCCCCUUGCCUCUACAAAGGGAAGCUCUUUGCCCCCGGCGAGUCCUGGAGGGAUGCCAACUGCUCCAAGUGCUUCUGCCUGGAGCCCCUCGGCGUGGGAUGCUGCGACACGAUGCAGUUCCCUGUGGACUUCCCAGAUGGGUGCGAGGCGCACUACGACUCCCUGGCCUGCAGGGUCUUCCUGGUGCAGAAAGGCCGCCCUGGCGUUCCCUGCGCAAAGACCCUGGAGCCCGGGUGGGCAUCGGGGCACCUCCCAGAGCAGACCCACAAGCAGCUGCUGCCAUCGCAGCCGCACGACAAACGGGGCCCCAAAACUCCCUCUGGCAGGUAGAGCUCCAAAAAGAAGAAGAAGCUGAACCAAAGCGCCAGCGAAGUCCUCUCCUUAUGUUGCACUGAGACCUCUUUCUUUGGAGGAGAUCACACUGUCCCCCAGCCCCAUAGCCAUUACCACCCACCUUUGCCCCCCAGUUCUGGCUUGCUGCAACCCAUAUCCACUGCUGGAAACCUCCUAGUGCCCCCUGCCCUAAAAAACGCCUCCAGGAAACCACUUCCUCCCAAAUGGUGGGACCCCUGUGCCCCCUUCUACCCCAAACUAACGUUACCUGGCUGCUGAGCAAAGCGUCCAGCCUUCCUCCCACCCUUUCUGGGCUUUGGGUCAAGCUCUGCCACCCCCAGAGGGAAAUGCAAUGGACUCAGACCUCUCCCAACUACGUCCAUGGGUCCAGACCAUUGAACCCAGAGUGUGAUAGUGGGGGCAUACAGGAUGGGAUGGAGGGGUCAAAGGUCCUCCCCAGUUGAGCCACAGAUGGACAAGUGGAUGGAGAGGGCUCUGCUCAUAGGUCCUUGUGCCUUGUAAUAA